CAACCCCCCUCUCCAGUGUGGCACGCUGUCCUCUCACCGGUGAAACGUGCUCUUCUCCUCUGUUUGCUCUACUCUCGCUCAUCAUGGCCUCCGGUGAACCCAAAGCAAAGAGACCCAGACUCCCGGAGAAGGAUGAGAAGAAGGAGAAGAAGGAGAAGAAGAAGGAGUCUCCGAGCAAAGAGACUUCUGUCAAACUGAGUACUAAUUCGCUCUUUGGUAUGGGAAACCCUUUGCUGGACAUCUGUGCUUCCGUGGACAAAGGCUUCUUGGACAAGUACGCGCUGAAACCCAAUGACCAGAUCCUGGCAGAGGACAAACAUAAAGCGCUGUUUGAGGAGCUGGUGAAGAACUCUGAAGUUGAGUACCACGCUGGAGGAGCCACGCAGAACUCUAUAAAGAUCGCUCAGUGGAUGAUCCAAGAACCUCAUAAUGUGGGCACGUUCUUUGGCUGCAUCGGCAAAGACAAAUUUGGAAAGACCCUGAAGCAGAAGGCUAAAGAUGCUCACAUCGACGCCCAUUACUAUGAGCAAGACGAAGAGCCCACAGGGACGUGCGCUGCUUGCAUCACAGGAGAUAAUAGGUCUCUGGUAGCUAACCUAGCUGCUGCUAACUGUUAUAAGAAGGAAAAGCAUCUAGACCUGGAGGAAAACUGGAAGCUGGUUGAAAAGGCUAAAGUCUUCUAUAUUGCUGGUUUCUUCCUCACCGUCUCUCUGGAGUCCAUCCUGAAAGUGGCGAAGCACGCGUCUAAAAAUAACAAGCUGUUCUGCCUGAACCUCUCUGCGCCCUUCAUCUGCGAGUUCUUCAAGGACAACCUCAUGCAGGUCAUGCCCUACGUUGAUGUGUUGUUCGGUAACGAGAUGGAAGCAGCAGCUUUUGCUAAAGAGCAAGAGUUCGAGACCAAGGACAUUGAGGAAAUUGCCAAGAAAGCUCAGGCUUUACCCAAAGACAACAAAAAGAGGCAGAGGAUUGUAGUGUUGACUCAGGGGAAGGACGACACUGUCAUGGCCUCAAGUGACAAAGUCAAGACCUUCCCUGUCCUGAAGAUCGACCCUAAGGACAUUGUUGACACAAAUGGUGCAGGUGAUGCAUUUGUAGGAGGUUUCCUUUCUGAGCUGGUGCAGGAUAAACCACUGGAUCAGUGCGUGAAGGCCGCACACUAUGCCAGCAACGUCAUCAUCAGACGAGCGGGCUGCACCUUCCCAGAAAAACCUGACUUCAACUGACACAUCAAGACAACAUUUCCUUCAGCCUGAAACCUUGCGCUUACCUCAACGUACACAAGUCUGACCCAUAAGCUCUGUUUUUUUUAAUGCAAUUACAACCCUCAAUUCUCGUAGAACCUUUUUUUUUUUUCAAUCAGCAACCCGUCCAUAAUAUCAGUCCGCACAUCAUUUCUUACAGAUUGUUGUUUCGGUGCCUCCUGACAUGUGUCUGCCACUUUGGAACGCUAGAUGAUCAUGAUCCACUACAGGGAUUUAAAUGACCAUAGAGGAGUCAUGAUAACAACACGGGAUGUGAAAACUUUGGACCUAAAUGCAGUAAAUGCAAUUGUUUUCGGAUCGUUUCCAAAUGUAUUUUGGCUCCGACCCUGCCAGCGUCUGGCUGCCAUGUCUCCCACUGACUGCCAUCGCACUCUGCUGCGACUUCUCGUGUUGACAUCUCACAAGUGUGUUUUUUUCCCCUUCUUCUUGGAGACGGAAUCCAGGCGCAAGAAGAUAAUUCCACCGUGGGAGGACACACUACACAAACAGAGGAAUAAAGAAUAACCGUCAUGGGAGUUUUCGGAUACUGCUUUGAAAUUGUGCAGAAGUGAUCUGUUUUAGAUUUUGUAAGAUUAAUUAUUCCUUUAAUGUUUGUUUUAAUUAUAACAGGCCAGUUAUGAAACCAAAAGUUUUUCUUUUGAGCGCACACUUUUUUAAAUGUGUCAAAGCCUAAUGCCCACUGCUGCGUCCAUGUUAACACUGUUAAAUGUCACCUGUACCGUGUCCGUGAUUUCAGAAGUUACCGUCAACAGCGUUGUGGACGUAUUUGUGUUUUUCGGGUUUCUAAUGAUGAGUGCCUUUUUUUUCUAUUCCAAUCUAUGUAAACGUUACGAAGCUUGAAGUUUUGAUAAGUUGAGGCCUACAGUUUAACCAGUAAUGAGCAACUGGCAGCUUGUGGGGCUGAAGCAUGGACACAUGUCGUUGUAUCUGAAUGUUCUCAGAGGAAUACAGUGGGUAUUAAAAUAAAAAAUCCCAUUUCAUCA